GCCCCGGGCCUGGCCGGGCCGGGCAGGAAGCUCCGGGCGCGAGUCUCCCGCGCGGCCGCCGGGGCGGGGAGGCUGCGGGCCGGGAGGGCGGCUCUGCACAGCCAGCGGGGCUCCCACACCCCUCCCGCCCUCUCCCCGCGCGGAGAGCGACUCCCUUCAAAAAAGAAAGAAAAAAAAAGCGCAUUGGCGGAGCCGGGCCGCAGGACCCCUCCUCCAGGGCGCCCCCGGCCCUCCCCGCCUCCGCCCCGCCCGCCCCGCCCGCCCCUCCCCGCGGCUGCAGGGCGCCCGCCUCCCUCUCGCCCUGCGUCUCCGAUCGCGCGGAGCCCGUGCGCGCUGCCGGCCGAGCCGACCGACCGACCGACCGACAGACCGACAGACCGAGCCGAGCGCAGCCCCCGGAGCCCCCGGAGCCCCCGGAGCCGAGCGGCCGAGCCCGGCGGGACCUGCGGCGGCCGGAGCCCCCAGCCCACGAUGCGGCGCUGCCCGCGGGCCCGCGCCCCGCCCGGGCGCCCCUGCGGCCGCUCGCCUCGCGUCACCUGCUGCGUCCCGGUGCUGCUGCUGCUUGGCUUCGCCGGGGUCCCCACGUCGCUGGGGUCCUCCUUCCUGACAGGCUCUGUGGCAAAAUGUGCAAAUGAAGGUGAAGUUCUUCAGAUCCCCUUCAUCACGGACAACCCUUGCAUAGUGUGUGUGUGCUUGAACAAGGAAGUGACCUGUAAGCGAGAGAAGUGCCCCGUGCUGUCAAGAGACUGCGCCCUGGCCAUCAAGCAGAAGGGAGCCUGUUGUGAGCGGUGCAAAGGCUGCACCUAUGAAGGGAACUCCUAUAACAGCUCCUUCAAGUGGCAGAGUCCUGCAGAACCCUGUGUUCUACGUCAGUGCCAGGAAGGCGUCAUCACAGAGUCUGAAGUGCGUUGUGUUGUUCACUGUAAAAACCCUUCCAAGCACCUGGGAGCCUGCUGUCCCACAUGUCCAGGCUGUGUAUUUGAGGGCGUGCAGUACAGAGAAGGGGAGGAAUUUCAGCCGGAAGGAAACCAGUGCACCAAGUGUUCCUGUGUUGUAAGUACUGUUCCGGGUGGGUCCGUGGAGUGUCUGAGUCAGAUCUGUACAUUUCUCAUGUGUCCAGCUCUCCUGUUCUUUAUCCCUCCAGGACAGUGCUGCAAGUAUUGUCUGGGACAAAGGAAAGUGUUUGACCUCCCUUUUGGAAGUUGCCUCUUCCGCAGUGAUGUUUAUGACAACGGGUCUUCAUUUCUCUAUGACGACUGCACUACUUGCACCUGCAAGGACUCCACAGUCAUUUGUAAGAAGAAAUGUUCCAGUCCUGGUGACUGUGACAAGGGGGAGGACGGCUGUCGUGAGGAGUGUCUCCUGCGCGUGCCCCCAGAGGACAUCAAAGUGUGCAAGUUUGGCAACAAGAUUUUCCGGGAUGGAGAGAUGUGGUCCUCCGUUAACUGCACCAUCUGUGCUUGUGUGAAAGGCAAGACAGAGUGCCGCAAGAAGCAGUGUGUUCCCAUCAGCAGCUGUCCUCAGGGUAAAAUCCUCAACAGAAAAGGAUGCUGUCCUAUUUGCACUGAAAAGCCCGGCGUUUGCACGGUAUUCGGAGAUCCUCACUACAACACAUUUGACGGACGGACAUUUAACUUUCAGGGGACAUGUCAGUACGUUUUGACAAAAGACUGCUCCUCCCCUGCCUCGCCCUUUCAGGUGCUGGUGAAGAACGAUGCUCGAAGGACCCGCUCCUUCUCCUGGACCAAGUCCGUGGACCUGGUGCUGGGUGGCAGCACCGUCAGCCUCCAGCAACACCUGGCGGUGCGCUGGAAUGGCUCCCGGAUCGCGCUGCCCUGCCAGACGCCACAGUUCCACGUAGAUCUGGACGGCUACCUGCUGAAAGUGACGACCCACGCAGGUUUAGAAAUAUCUUGGGAUGGAGACAGUUUUGUGGAAGUCAUGGCUGCUCCCCAUCUCAAGGGCAGACUCUGCGGUCUUUGUGGGAACUACAAUGGACAUAAGCGUGACGACUUAAUUGGCGGAGACGGAAACUUCAAAUUUGAUGUAGAUGACUUUGCUGAGUCCUGGAGGGUGGAGUCCAAUGAGUUCUGCAACAGACCCCAAAGAAAACCAGUGCCUGAGCUAUGUCAAGGGACAGUGAAAGUGAAGCUUCGAGCCCACCGUGAAUGCCAAAAACUCAAAUCCUGGGAAUUUCAGACCUGUCACUCAACUGUGGACUAUGCCACUUUCUACCAGUCGUGCGUGACAGACAUGUGUGAAUGUCCAGUCCAUAAAAACUGCUACUGCGAGUCAUUCCUGGCUUAUACUCGGGCCUGCCAGAGAGAGGGUGUUGGCGUCCACUGGGAGCCUCAGCAGAGCUGUGCAGCCACCCAAUGUAAGCAUGGCGCCGUGUAUGACACCUGUGGUCCGGGAUGUGCCAAGACUUGUGACAACUGGAAUGAGAUCGGUCCCUGCAACAAGCCGUGUGUUGCCGGUUGCCACUGCCCAGCAAACUUGGUUCUUCACAAGGGAAGGUGUAUCAAGCCAGUGCUUUGUCCUCAGCGGUGACCUUUGUUCCAGUGCGUAAGACUUUGAAACUUGGUGUCCUUGACACUGAAGUAGAAGAGCCAAUGAAGGACUUCUAGUAUUUGUGUGCUGAUUCUGAAAACAUACACACACACACACACACACACAGAGUAUAUAUGUGUACAUAUAGAGAAAUAUAGAUAUAUUCAGAAACAUUUCAUCAUUUAUAUAAACGACAGGUGGAUUAUUAUAUGUAUAUUUUUUGCUAUAAGACAUGUAUCGUUUCUAGGCUCCUAAUGUGUAAGUCAUUGACUACAUUGUAUAAAUAAACCAAGUGUCUUUAAUUUAAUAAGGCAGGAUGCAGACCUGUCAGACGGCC